AUGGGACGUUUGAGAUUGGGAUUGCUAUUGGUUUACUGUCUGGGAGCUGUAUUGGAAUCUGAGUUGGACUUGUCGGCAUUUCGAUCAAAGAAUCAUGCGGUAGAUUAUUUGCUUUUGCGUGGUGGUAAGAACUGUAUUAGAUGCGAUGAUAUUGAACGGGCUAUCAACAGUAUUCCAGUCAACAUCCCGUUACUGGUAUCAAAGUAUGAUAGGAAUGAAAUGCCUGUACUAGAGUUGCAUUCUUGGAAAGAAACUGGGUAUGAAGAAAUCCCUUAUAAGGGACAGCUAACUGUAAGUUCCAUUUUAAACUUUGUACAGAAAGUCUACGGCCAGGAUUUGAUAAGAUGCGAAAGUAUGGAAGACUGUCUCAGUAAAAUCCCUCAGGGUGAAGUUCCUUUCGUGGGUGUCUUCGGCGGCAAUGAAGAUAACGGAAAAUUAGAUCUACUCCGAAAAGCAGUCAAUUUACUUCGAAGAGAUCAAGCUAGGGCAAUUCGAUAUGCGUAUUUCAUAGACCCCAAUUUCAAAGAUAAGUCAGGCGGACAGUUGACAGUGAGCCAUCCAAACGAAAUGAGGCUUGCUACUCGAAUCACAACGCUGGAAGAUUUGGUGACUUGGAUAAGGAAAGAGCGUGAGCCAAUGUUUGGUCGCGUAAGGGAGUACAACGGUGACGGUGACAAGCAAUGUCGCGUCUACCUGGUUGGCGACGACGAGACCUUCAAGCUCUACCAGUACGAGCUGCGGCACUUCGCAAUGCACAACCGUGACCGUUGCCUCCGAGGGUACCUGAGCAGACUGGAUACAGAGUUGCUUCGGCGGUUGCUGGACGUGGACCGGAAGGAGGACGUUGAGGAAAUGCUAGUGGAAGGCUGUGGCUCCGAGUGCGUGGUUCUAAAAGUAGGGCCUCUAAUCAACUUCAUGACCAGAAACAUAGCUAGUGAAAAAAUUGCGAAAGACGUUGAUGACAUGCAUGCAACAUGGGCCAAAAUGAAGCGAAACUCGAGCAGUGCUACUACCACUAGAGGCGAGGUCGUCAACAGCGCUGUUAGUCAUGUUCACAGCGGUGGGAAUCAUGUUAAGGCGGGAAGAGAUGAAUCACGGAAUAGUGAACCUCGCGUUGGAGAGACAGUACCGGUUCCCGAUCUGUCGGUUGAACAUGACAAUAUCAAGAAGGGUACCUUGAAACCAGUGGAUAUCGACUCCUUCCGUCGAGACGUGGUGAUGGAUCCGGGUGCUAUUCUUUUGUUGCAGUUUGACCCAGAGGAGGAAGUCUCUCAACAGCUGCGACUGACGUUCUUGGAUGUCGUGGCAAGUCUCAGUCGAGAGGUUAUAAGUCUCAAGUAUUACGAAAUGGCGGAAUUCCCUCCACCAGACGCCAGAUACAUUCCUCCCUCCAUCCCAUUCAUUUGGUUCAAACCAUUCGGACCAAACGCUGACCCUAUUGAAAUCCCCUGGGCGACCGACGACCAAGAUGAAUCGGAAUCUGAACGCCAAACCGAACUGAUCACCGAAUUUAUCGUACAAAAGCUUACAGCCAGGAACCUGGUCUAUCACGUCCUGCGAACGGCAACCAUGGACCUGACGAAAUCCUGGCGAGACCUAUUACAAAAAAGUCGAGAACUCAAAACUUACCUCAAGACCUUUGUCAGGAACAAACUCAACAGCCUGCUAGCAGACUGA